AUGAAGGGCCCCACUCUCGCUCUGUUUCUCUUCUCUGUCCUGUUGGCCGUUGUGCAAGUGAGAAGCAGGGAGACCGUGAAGCUCUGCGGCCUCGACUACGUGAGAACAGUCGUCUACAUCUGCGCCAGCUCUCGAUGGAGGAGACACCUGGAAGGGGCCCACCAAGCUCAGCGAGCUGAACCAAGAAACUACUUCCAACUCCCAGACAGACAGGAGACAUCCAAGGAAACUCUGGAGCACAAUCUUCCCAAGAUGGAUAUCUCAGGACAGGAACUUGUUCAAGACCCACAGGCGCCCAUGGAAAGGCUUUGGCAGUUGAAGAAGUACUCGCAAGUGUCCAAACGAGAUCUGCAAACUAUGUGCUGCGUGGAAGGCUGCUCCAUGACUGAGCUCAGUACACUCUGUUAG